AUGCGUCGUAGCUUUUUCCCCCAGACCCUGGACAUGGGAAAAGAAGAGAUCAAUGCUCCUCCCCAUGCCACGCGCGCGCCGCCGUUUCACGACCCAAAACCUUCCUUUCCCGGCAUAGUUGCUGAGCUCACGGCACACAUCCAGACUUCGGUCUCGGCCAGAGCGAGCCGACCUCCCACAUCCCUCCACCUCAUCCCGCCUGAUUUUUCUUCCCAGCAGCAACAGCGAUCCCAGGAUCAGGGGCCGGACCAGGGGUGGGAAAGGAGGGAUCCCGAACCGGCCAGUAGUCGUCCUCGGUUCUGCUCUUACUCCUUUCUACCGCACCCCUCCUCCUGCUAUGCGUCAUAUCGUCCAUCUCCAUGGGACCUGCUCGCCCACCACUCGUGUGCGAGUACUCCCAGGACUCGUCUUGGUCAUGUCUUCAUCUGCCUCCUCCCGCUUCUCCCCCCCUGCUCCAACAUCUCAUCCAGCAUCGCCAGCUUCGCCAACUAG